CCGCCGCCGUCUCCUCCACUCACACCGCCGCUCACACCACCGAACCUGCACACACCACCACCGAGGAUGAAGCCAGCAGCCGGAAGCUCUUCUCCCUCCUUCCCCGCUGCGGAGACGGACGUGAAGCCGAAGCAGAGGCACCGGUAGAGGGGGAGCCGUGCCGGGGGAGAGGCCGCUCCGCACACAUCCUCCUCCCCACCUCCGCCACCAAUGCCACCUCCCGGUCUCCUCCAUGCCUCCGUGUAAAGAACAGUGCACUUAUUCGUUAAAGAGGAGGAAGGAGAGCGACGGAGGCUCCGGCUGCAGCGGCUGCGGCCGAACCAUGAGCACGAACCGGGAUUAUUCCGUCAAUCUGUCGGUGCAGCAGGUGCUGAGUCUCUGGGUGCAGGGAUCGACGCUGCAGCAUUUCACAGAGAUGUGGUACUGGGUUUUCCUGUGGUGCCUCUUCUCCUCGCUCUUCGUCCACGGAGCCGUGGGGCUCCUCAUGUUGGUCAUGCUGCAGCGACACAAGAGGGGGCGCCUCAUCACCGUGGUGCUGGUCAGCGUCGGCUUCCUGGCCUCGCUGUCUGGAGGCGUCAUCACCAGCGCAGCAGUUGCAGCUGUUUACCGUGUGGCGGGGAAGGACAUGGCGCCACUAGAGGCGCUGGUGCUGGGCGUAGGACAGACCGCUCUGUCCAUGGUCAUAUCCUUCUCCCGCGUUCUGGCCACUCUGUAAAGAAAGAAAAAAGGCCACAAAACGAACCAGCCUGAAGGACAGAACAAAAACCCAAGAGGGUCGAACGAGCCAAUCAGAGACUUUCAUUUAUCCGCUGUCACCGUUGUUAUGGAGACGAAAAAAGGUGACAACGAUGCUCUGGACCUACGGGACAAGAUGUCCUCCAACAAUCACAUCCAAGUCUGACUAAACUUUACACCUGGAGGUCGUUUUUUUUUUCAGGUGGUGGGGACAGCGCCAUCUUCAGCCUCUGGACUCCAAAGCCAUGCUCCGGGUGUUUUUUCCGAGUGUAUCUGUGCCAACAGCCUUCCCUGGGACGAUGUUCUUCUGCCUUCGAAGGCUUAAUGUUGCACUCGUGGGGAAAGAGGAGGUUCUUUUUUCUUUUUUUAACAAAUGAAGAAACCAAGCUGACCUGAAGUCAAGAUCUGACGAUCAGUGUGUGAGAACAAAAACCAGGGUUGGGGGCCGAAAAACGGACAGUGUUGGUGAAGAAGAAGAACGGUCUCCUGUGGUGGGAACAGUCAGAAUAUUUUUCUAAUCCAUUCUUCCUCGUCGUUCUAACAGAUAAAUAAUCACAUCCAUAAGAAAUAAGCAGGAAAUAUUUCCAUCACCGUCGUUAGUGUGAUUAAAGUUGUCAGUUAAACCCGUUAGUUCAUGGAUUUAACUGGUUUAAACCAUUAGUUUAAACCAUCGCCCUCGCAUGUCCUGACGUCUAAAUACAGUUCAAACUGAUCCAGGAGCCGUAGGAACAUUUAUAAAGAUGUUGCACUUUUUUAAAACUUAAAAAAACAGAAAUCUGAGACGCUCUUUGAAACUAAGAGGUGAGAAAUCAGUAGUGAUGAGCCGAGAAAACCAGCAUCAGUUCUACGUUGAAGUAUUUGAAAUGUGCCGCCAGUGAUUCCCAAAGACGAAAAUCACAGGAAACAUCCGCUGCUUCUGUUCCUCUCCGUCUUCAAGGCUGUGGAGUAAAUGUAAAGAUCUAGCUUUUUCAUUGAUCCCCUGACCGCGUAGCACCUGUAGCUUAGCUGCUAAAUUAGCAUCAUACUAUUUUAGCUGGUAUUUUAGUUAUGUUUAUGACACAUUAGUGUGUGUCUUCUGAGCCACAGGACUUUUACUCUAAAUGUUAGCAACGCCUCAAAAUAGUAGGUAAAAGACAGUAAGAAAACAUCACCUAUUUUGCUAAUUAUCACAGUUUGCUAUUAGUUUAUAGAUUAUUGAAUUACAAACAUAAAAAAAAAUACCUACAGUAUCUUCCAUUUCUAGCUGAUUUCUUGGUCCACAGAUAUCAUCAGAUUGUCAAUGCCAAAGUAUCAUUUAUAUCUUAACUUUAUUUAACAUCUUUUUUACUGUUUUUUUUUUUUACUUGAUUGUUCGAUUGUGGCUUCGAAUGUCUUCAAAAUCAAACUUGACAUAUUUGAAGGUGAAAGAGAGUUUGUCUGAGUUGUAUCUUAAAAAGUUUUUAAGAGUUUUGAGGGUGCUCUAACUGUCCGGCUCAUCGUCAGUUGCCCACUUGAUCCACAAGAGGGCGACAUUGCACAAAAAUGAGAACGCCUGAAAAGUCAAACUGGUUGCGGCAGUAUUGGCAGAGAAAUGCUUUUUUCCCCUCCUAAACCUAAUUUCUCCUCCUCUUUGAUGGAAUUCUUUUCACAUUUGACGAAUGAAGUGACAUUUGAAUCCACCGGAGGUUCUGAGCAUGAUGAAUGUCUGAGAGGAAAACAUUUCAGGGACCAAAUAUGAAGUGAGAGCAGUGACUUCUACGUGUGAAGGCGUCGGCGGCCCAGCUUCUGUUCGUGUACAUGUGAAGCAGAUGUGAAAUGUGUUGAUGCUGUGGUUGUUCUCAGUCUAGGGUGUCGUGUGCAGUGAAACAGGGUGUUGUUUAUCGUCACUCGUCAGGGAGGGUGACGUGCACUUUCAUUAGCAACAAGCCCAAAGUGUGAAAAAGAGGUGAGGAUGAAAAUGUAGGUGUUAGUACAACACCCAGAGCCCGAGGGAGGGUGAACUACUGUAGUACUACUCCAAGGAGAUAUCACGAACAAAAUUACUACAAAAUAAUCACUAUAAUAAUUUAAUUUAACUAUUAUUGUCAAUAAACGCAUUGUGAUUUUCCGCAAACCUAAA